GGCACCACUGCUCUGCUACUGUUGCCGCUCGAGUGUCCGCCGGUCAAAUCUAAACGCCAAGUAUGAUCUUCGCCACCAUUAUCAUGGAAUUUGAAGCGGUCGAGACGAUUUAGAUGCGAGGGGGUCCUUGAGCUCCGACUUCAGGAUGGAGGUGGAAGGGUCAUGGACUGAAGCCUUUGAUGGUUCUGAUAUUAACGAAGGGUCCGGUGGAACCAGCCACUUUCUGAGUAGUUCCUCGCUGACCCUGGCGCCUCUGUUGACAGAUGGAUCCUCCAUCAGACGCUCCAACCCCAUCCUCAUUACUUCCAACAGAGUCAAGGGUUCAGACUCGCUCUCAUUUUCUGACCCAUCCAUUCCAAACCCAUUUCCUGAGCUCUGCAGUCCGUCUAAGUCUCCAGUGCUGAUCCGGUCGUUCCAUCCAACGUCCAGCGACCAACAUGUGCUUAAAGUUUUCAGUGAGGACAAUAACAGCCGUUCACUGUGGGUUUCUGCUGGCUCGACUGCCCGAGAAGUCUGCUCCCUUCUGGUCAAGACAGCUCACUGCAGCGAUGUGGAAAACUGGGCCCUACUGGAGCUGCACCCCUCCCUGGGCCUGGAGCGAUGUCUUGAAGACCACGAGGAUGUGCUCAAAAUCCAGGCUGCUUGGUCUCUGAAAGGCGACACGAGACUAGUCUUCUGCAAAAACUACGCCAAAUACGAAUUCUUCCGGAAGCCAACGCUCUUCUUCCCACAGAACAUGAUUUCGGACAGAGGUGACGUUGAAAAGGAGAUGACAUCAUCACAGCUCAUACAGUCAGGCGGGUGUCCAGAGAUCCAGGGUUUCCUUCAUGUCAAAGAGCAGAGCAGAAAGUCCUGGAAGAAGCUCUACUUUUUCCUGCGGCGCUCAGGCCUCUACUGCUCCACCAAAGGCACAUCCAAGGAGCCACGGCACCUACAGUAUGUGGCUGAGCUGGAGGACUUGAACGUUUACACAGUUGUGAACGGUCGUAAACUGUACGGUGCUCCUACUGACUUCUCCUUUUGCAUCAAGCCAUCUAGAAAACCGGUUCGAGCUCAAGACUUGAAGAUUUUUUCUGCUGAGAACGAACAAACUCGCACCUGCUGGACCUCGGCGUUCAGACUGUUCAAGCACGGGAAACAGCUUCAGUGCAACUAUCAAUUGUCACAGUUGAGACACGGAAACCUGGAAGCGAGAAACGUGUCAGACAUAAAAUCAAAGUCGGAAGCAAGUCUGGUCGCCAUGGAUUUCUCAGGAAAAGCUGGAGGCAGAGUCAUACAGAAUCCAACGGAGGCUCAAAGUGUGGAGAGGGAGGAGGGACAAGCCUGGAGAAGAAGAGAGGCCCUCAGAUGUAGCCUGCCCAACCUGAGUUCUGCUGCCAGACCAGCCUCGAUCCACACAACGCAGCCUUGGUUUCAUGGUGGUGUGUCAAGGUCAGAUGCUCAACGUCUGAUAGAGAAGCAGGGAUUAGUGGAUGGAAUGUUCCUCAUCCGGGCCAGUCAACAGCACGCUCAGUGUUUUGUUCUGUCUCUGUGCUACAAACUCAAGACCAAGCAUUACCUGAUCAUUCCGUGUGAAGACGGCGGCAGGAAGUACUUCACAAUGGAUGACGGGGACACGCUCUUCAUCGACCUGCUGCAGUUGGUCGAGUUCCACCAGAUCAACAAGGGAAUUUUACCGGUCUGUCUCAAACACCCGUGCGUGUGUGUCGCACUCUGACAUCACUUCAUUGUUAUUUUGAGUUGCCUGAGCUCCACCCUCCUGAAUAGUUGGACUGCAGUGAGGUCAUUUGGCCUUCAGAGGGGGCUCCAGCUUAAUAAAAUCAUCCAGACGUGGUCCCUCAGUUAUUCCAAGGGAGCUGCAGGGAGCAUUUCCUAACCAAGCAAACAUGUAGCAUGCUGGUUCUCUUGUAUUUCUAUUGUCAAGAAUGCCGUUCCUCCUCAAGAGUGAGUGUCUCUCUCCACCAUCUUUCAAUUUCCUGUUGAAAACACAAAGGUGCUGAUCUUCAUCCCUGGGAGCUGAGGUCGAUGAAGCCUCAAGUUGUUAGCUCAAGUAAGAAAAGUGGUUUAUAGAUUGUCGUGACGUGGAAAAUCCACCGGGAGUUAUCUUUAAUGCACUCAAGCACUAGGCAAAACGUUUCUCAACUUGGUUCCACAGUCUGUAACCAUUCCUCAGUUGGGUUCAUUGGCCUUUCUUCGUGGUUGGAGCACAGACUGUGGAGUGAAGUUGGAGUUUCAUCAAAGCCAAAGGUGUCUUCCUGUAAUUAUGAAGUAACCAUUUUAUACUUUUUUGACAUACACUUUAUUCGAUGAAUGAGAAAGGUUCACCAUAGUUUUAAUUAAAAACUUUUUUUUAAAAGUUAGAUUAAUGUUUUUUGUCAUUCUUAUAAGCGAUUCAAUAUUUUUGUGCUGCAUGUUCAGAUUCAUACGCAGCUGCUCACAUUUAUGAUUAUUUUAUAUCAACAACUGUGUAUAAUUUGGGGUCUGUUUUCUAGAGACGAAUAAACCUUGUCAUUUUCAAACUGUCUGAGAGCAGGGUCUGUAAUUGCGUAUUGUAGCGAGAUGUUUUCUGACUCUACUGUGUCUUAAGCUGCUUCAACGACCUAAGGGGGUCUGGCGCUCUUGACCCGAACCCAACCGUCCAUCUCACGUUAAAUACCAGAUCGCUAUGGUAAUCCCUCCCUUUCUGCUGCAGCAGCCUUCUGGUUGCCAUGGAAACAGCCUUCUCUGUCCUGAUGUGCAGGUUAAGGAAGCAGCGACGCGUCAGAUGAGCGUCAAACGAAACCAGACGCUUGUUUCCGUUGAAGUCAUGCCUGGUUGUGAUCCUCCUCGAGGCGAGCUUCUAUUUGACUCUACUGGCGUGACAGCGCAGAUAACUUUCCAUUACGACUAAGUUUACAUUCUCACUAUACAGUUGAACGUCCAAAAAAAUAUGAAGAUUUCAUUUCACGUCCCCGCUCACACUGGCAACAGCAGGGUGUGCUGUAUUCACGACAUGUUGUAAAUCUAAUUCUUAGCUCCAGGACACCAGCCUUCUCUGCUGGACUCACCAGG